AUGGGCGCAGCUCGGCUGCUCCUUGCGUCGUUGUUGGUGCUGCCAGCAUCGGAGGCUGUAAGAACAUCAGCCCUCACCAACUGUGACUACAAAGAGCUCCGGAGGGCCCAAGUGCGCAAUCUUUCCAAGGGCGCCGAAGGCGUCGAAGUGUCGUUUUGCGGGCGGAGGGCGGAGCUUCGCAAGGAGGUUGAGCAGCCCUCGGCUUGGGAGGCCGUGGACUGGUGGGACGCAACGCAGCAAGGCGCCAGUCUGACUCCCAAGGAGCGGGAGACUUUGGAAAAUCAUUUGGGCUCUUAUGGCUUCUCUCGCGCCGUGGGACUCCUUGGGCGUGGGUUGCUUCCACCACUUCGUCCUGAGGACAGAGCCACCAGAUUUGUAGACGAAAGCUAUGUGUCUUUGGUCCGGUCAGUUCUUGACUUCGAAGUGAACCUUGGCAUUGCAGUCAACAAACUUCCGGCCAGCAAGAAGUGCAAGAGUCUGUGGCGCGGCGCCUGGGUGUCCAGUGAGAAACUGGAGGAGCUUCGUGCGAAGGCAGCGCAAGGACAGGCGACUGGAUUCUCAUAUUUCCAGUCCACCACCAGCAACGAGCAGCAUUCUUACAAGUUCUUGCACAGCAAUCACCAGCCAGCGAGCUGCCGGCCGAUGUGCAUCCAGAAAAACCUGUUCUUUCCCAUCCACAUCCACUUCCGUACCCGCCAUGGGAAAGACGCCACCAAGUGGAAUCCAAAGGAAAAGGAGUGGCUCGUGCUCCCCAACCUCCUCUUCAACGUCAGAAACGUCUCGCAGUUCAUCAGCGACCCUCUUUAUCGCAUGAACACCCAGGACUUGGUGGCCUGGCUCAACGCAACGCACCCCUACCGCAGCUGGCAGGACGAAGAGAGGCGGGGCCAAUUCUAUGGCCCCUUUCCUCGCUUGGCGGAGGAAGUCCGAAAGCGGAAGAUGGAUGGGAAAGGUUUCUCGGACUGGGAGGUGGAUGGUAAGUAUGAGAUGCUGGACGUGGAGGCCGCAAACUACCGCGCUUUCUUCGAUGCGCUCGCGGCGCGCUACGAGCUGCCUCCACGCGAGGGCAGAUAUGGCUCCAUGGUUGGCAACGAAGAUCCCUUCAUCUACAAGGUCGAGUUGGAGGACGCGGCGGGCUGCGCCUAG